AUUAUAACAAGACAACUGUAUGGACUAAAAUAUUGUCUGUAUGUGAAAUGAUGGAUAGCUUCAGGAGAAAUCUACUGAUUGUGGCUUCUGCUAUUGUUAUAGCUUUGAUCUCAACAAGUUUGGUGCCUCCAUCAAAUGUGGGUGGCACAGUUCAAGCCAGUCAAAUUAGCUAUAUAAGCAAUAAAGUGAUAGAAGCUUUGGAAUCCAUCAUAGGUUCUCCUCCUUUCGAUUUUGCAAGGAGUAUGGUAAGAAAACACCACAGGAAGAUGGAACAUAAGAACAAAUGUGAUGAAAAACCUCCACCCUAUUAUGAUUUGGAUGAGGCUUAUAACCAAGUUGUGAUAGUGGAUCAGGAUGGGUGUGGGAAUUAUACAAGUGUGCAGAAGGCUGUAGAUGCAGUUCCAGAACAGAGUCCCAACAGGACUAUAAUUGUCAUCAAUCGAGGUGUCUACAAAGAAAAGGUUUCAGUUGCAGAAUCAAAAGCCAGAAUCACAUUCCAAGGACAAGGUUACCUCAACACCUCAAUCCAAUGGAAUGAUACAGCCAACUCUUCUCAUGGGACAUUCUUCAGUGCAUCAGUCACAGUUUUUGCGCAAAAGUUUAUAGCCAGGAAUAUAAGUUUCAAGAACACUGCUCGUCCAGCAAAUCCAGGUGACGUUGGGGGACAAGCAGUUGCUUUGAGAAUAGCAGGUGAUCAAGCAGCUUUCUAUGGAUGUGGAUUCUUUGGUGCUCAGGAUACCCUUCAUGAUGAUCAAGGGAGACACUACUUCAAGGAAUGCUUUAUACAAGGCUCAAUAGAUUUUAUAUUUGGCAAUGCAAGAUCCCUCUUUGAGGAUUGCCAAUUAGAUUCUAUUGCAAACCCAGUGGCAAGUGGAGCUACAACCGUAACUGGGGCCAUCACAGCACAGGGAAGACAGUCAGCUGAAGAAAACACAGGUUUCUCCUUUGUGAGUUGCAGCAUUGGAGGAAGUGGAAGAAUUUGGCUAGGUAGAGCAUGGGGUCCCUACUCUCAGGUGGUUUUUUCUAACACUUACAUGUCUGACAUCAUUGCUCCAGAAGGAUGGAAUAACUGGGAUGACCCCAAGAGAGAUAAGACUGUAUUCUAUGGACAAUAUAGAUGCAGAGGCCCUGGUGCAAACCAGAGCUUGAGAGUACCCUACUCAAAAGAACUUGAUCAAUCACAAGCAGCUCCAUUUUUAAGCAUCUGCUAUAUAGAUGGAGAUCAAUGGCUUAAAGAUAAGGACAAUUCUCCGCCUUCUCCCAAAUAUAAAACCAUAGACACCAUAAAGACCAUCACAGUAAAGAAGAACAUGUCCCUAUCAGCAUGAAUUAAAUUAUUUUAUCAGGGCUUUCUUACCAUAUUUAUCAAAGAAAUAUUUCUUUCUAACAGAGAAAUGUUUACUUGAAUCAAUACACUCGCAUUCUACUAUUGUAAGUUACUAAAACAUGAGGAUUUCAUCCUCUUAUCAAAGCAAUGACUGGUUUCAAGGGAAAAUAAAUUACAGAGUUGUAGAAUUUGGAAAAUCUCAUAUGUACCUUUCUUUUCCAGUCCUAACAAACUGUAUUCUCGAAGCUAUAUAAAUAAAAUUGUGUUAUUAUGUGUUA